AUGAACAAGGAAACGGCAAAGAAUAUGAGGUGGCAUAAGGAUGAUCGAAUAGACGAUGGUAAAUUAAGACAUCCUGCUAAUGCUUUAGCUUGGAAGCAUGUUGAUAAAAUUUAUCCUCGUUUUGCUGAAGAUUGCAAAAAUGUAAGACUGGAUCUAUCAAGCAACGGAUUCAAUCCAUUUGGGGUAAUAAGCUAUGGCUGGUCUACGUGGCCAGUUGUAUUAAUGCCAUAUAAUUUACCUCCAUUACUUUCUUAUGCUAAUCUGUCAGGGUACUCUACGAAGGGCAAGUGUGCUUGUCCUGUAUGUGGUCCAGAAUUUGAAGCUAUUCAAUUACCACAUAGCCGAAAGAGUUGUUAUUGGUUUAAUCGAAGGUGGUUGCCCUUGAGUCAUAAGUACAGAAAAUUAUCAGCUAAGUUUGAUGGUACAGUUGAGAAAAUAAUAAAGCCGCGUCAACUGACAGGUACUGAGAUCGUUCAAUUACUUGAUGGGUUUCCAAAAGUUGUGUUUGGGAAAAAACGCUAUUCUAAAUUUAACACGCUCGGAGUAAGAGAUUACUUAAAGUUAAAAAAGCCAUUGAAGCGUAAGCGAAAGCUACCUUACUGGCAGAAUCUAAAAAUCCAACACAACUUAGAUGUUAUGCAUAUUGAGAAAAAUAUAUGUGAUAACAUAGUAUCAACUCUCCUACAAGAUGCAAACAAGUCGAAGGAUGAUCUACGGGCAUGCCAAGUUCUGACUGCUUUGAAUAUCCGAAAUGAUUUGCAAGCUCAAGACGUUGGCCUUAAAAAAUUAAAGUUGCAUUCGUCUCGUGUUACAAUGUCAAAUGAGCAGAUGCAACGAGUUUGUGAAAUUCUCAAAUCGGUAAAGUCGUGGGAUGGUUACUCUGCUAACAUUUCAAAUAAUGUCCAGGUGCAAGAGAGAAAACUCUUAGGUCUGAAGACACAUGAUUAUCACGUUCUUCUCCAUCAAUUGCUCCCUGUUGCAAUCCGUAACAAUAUGGAUAAAGAAGCGUCGAAGAUUAUUAUUGAGUAUUGUGGAUUUUUCAGAAAAUUAUGCUCUAAAGUCAUAGAUGUAGAUGACUUUAAGAAACUUGAAGCCGAUGUCCGAGUUACUCUAUGCAAUAUGGAAGUAAUAUUCACUCCUUCAUUUUUUACAAUUAUGGUCCAUCUUACCCAGCAUCUUGCAAGAGAGGCUAGAAUCGCCGGUCCUGUUAUUUAUCGUUGGAUGCAUCCGAUUGAAAGAUACUUGGGCUGCAUGAAAAACAAUGUUCGCAAUCGAGCUCGUCCCGAGGGCUCGAUAGCUGAAGGAUACGUCGCUAACGAAUGCUUUGUGUUUGCAUCACGUUACAUGCGUAAGAAGAAAACCACAUCUCAAGCACCUCAAAAGGAGAGGAAGCGUGAAAAAUACCCGAGAUCUCUCUUAGAUCAAAUUCAUGCAUAUGUUGAAAAAUCACUUCUUGAUGAUACUACAUUACCAGAUGAAAUUAUUAUCCAUGCACAACGUCCUUAUCACGAAGUGAGAUGUUAUAAUGAGCAUUUGGUGAAUGGAUAUAAAUUUCGAACGUUAGAGACCGAUGAUAGGAGGAUGAGGAGGAUUAGGAUGCUCUUUGACCAGCCGGCUGAUCGAUCACGGAGUAUCAUGCUAGGUAGUGGUGCUGAUGAUCCACUACCUUCUCCAGAUAUGCGGGAUCACCCGGCGGUUCUAAUGCAGCACCAGAACAAUCCCCCGACACAGGUAUUAAAUAUUUAA